AUGAAUUCCUUUGCCUUCCGCUGUUUGUUUCUCGCUGAUGUCUCGCAACAGGAGGUCGACAAGGACUUGUACUCUCGCACGAUUGCGGCCUUGGGUGAAGAUGUCGUAAGGGCCGUAGCAUCUUCAACGGUUUUCAUCUCUGGCCUCAAUGGUCUGGGAUGUGAAGUCGCCAAGAAUGUUCUUUUGGGCGGAGUGAAAGUGUUGACACUCCACGAUUCCAAAGACAUCACUCUCUGGGACCUAUCCUCUCAGUUCUACUUGUCCGAGAAGGAUAUUGGAAAGAAUAGGGCUGCAGCUUCGCUUCCAAAGCUUCAGGAGCUCAACACAGCGGUCGUUGUGAAUGUGCAAACUGCUCCAUUGAACACCGAGAUGAUCAAAGGUGACUAUCGCUCUACUUUGGUGAUUGUCUUGGUUUCCCCUUUGACUGGCAUAAUCAGCAUCAACAACUUUUGCCGAUCUCAAACUCCUCCGAUUAAGUUCAUCAGAGUGGAUGUCCGCGGUGCAUGUGGACAAAUAUUUGCAGACUUUGGCCCUGAAUUCGUUGUCAAUGAUGUCAAUGGCGAAAAUCCUCACUCAGGAAUCAUUUAUCAUGUCAGCAAUGACAAGCAGGCAGUGAUCACAGUCCCAAAUGAUGAACAAGUAGAGUUUGGUAUUGGGGAAUGGGUAACCUUCAAAGACGUGGAAGGGAUGACAGAGUUAAACAAUUUACCAGGUCCAGUCAAAGUGGUUGACACCGCCAUGUACAACUUCAAAGUUGAUCUCGAUACCACGUCUUUUGGCAAGUAUGAACGAAAAAGUCUGAAUAGGUAUGGCACUGUCAUCGAAGCGAAACUGCCCAAGAAGCUUGAGUUCAAAUCUCUGGAGGAAAACAUCAAAAAUCCAGAUUUCAGUCGCGAUCCCAACCAGUUCAAUGGAGUUUUUGACUUCGACAAGUUUGGUCGCCCAGAGCUUUUGCACCUGGUCUUCAAUGCCUUGGACGAGUAUCAGAGGCAGAAGGGAGACCUUCCAGCUACUCAGGAUGCAGCAGCUGCAGAUGCGCUGGUUCAGAUUGCAAAGGAUUGCAAAGCGAAGAAUGGCUUUGAUGUCGAAAUCGACGAGAGCAUAGUCCGCAAGAUUUCUCGUACAGCGCGUGCUAUUCUCUCUCCUAUGGCCUCUAUUUUUGGAGGAAUCGUGGGGCAAGAGGUGGCCAAGGCUGUGUCGAACAAGCAUCAUCCGGUUUACCAGUAUGUGUACUUGGACUCUAUAGAGAUGCUUCCAGAUUAUGACAGCAUGCUCCCUGAAGAGGUGCAACCUACAGGGUCGAGAUAUGAUGCGCAAAUAACCGUGUUUGGAAGAUCCUUCCAGGGCAAGUUGGGUGCUUUGAACUUGUUCAUGGUGGGUUGUGGCGCGCUGGGUUGUGAGCUCUUCAAGAACUUUGCCAUGAUGGGUGUUGCAUGUGGACCGAAUGGUAAGGUGACUGUCACGGAUGAUGAUGUCAUCGAGAAGUCGAAUCUGAGCCGUCAAUUCUUGUUCAGAAAUUACAACGUGGGGCAGAGCAAAUCUAUCGCUGCAACUACAGCGAUCAAAGAGAUGAAUGGGAAUAUUAGGGUUGACGCAAAUCAAGACCGAGUGUCACCAAACACCGAAGAUGUUUACCAUGACAAAUUCUGGUCAGGACUGGACUGUGUGGUGAAUGCACUUGACAACGUGAAGGCUAGGCAGUAUGUCGACGCUCGCUGUGUUUUCUUUGAGAAGCCUCUUUUUGAAUCUGGGACGAUGGGCACUAAAUGCAAUACGCAAUGUGUGAUUCCUCACAAGACGAUCAACUAUGGUGGGCGAAAGGAUCCUGAAACUAAAGAGGCGCCCGAAUGUGCGCUCCACAACUUUCCUCACAACAUCAAUCACUGCCUUUCUCUUGGCCGUUCGGAAUUCAUCGGAAUCUUUGACACAAAGGCAAGCGAGGCUGCCAAGUACAUCAUGGAUCCGAACUACAAGAAUGAGAUGUCCAGCAAGAUUUGGGGUGCAGAUGGCUCUGAGUUGCCAGAUGCGCAGAGCAAGGCAAAGGAAGCUAAUGAAAUCCUGGAUGGAAUUAUUGAGCUUCUCUGCGACGGAAUGGUCAAAUCGUUUGAGGAUUGUGUGGUCUGGUCUCGUUUGAAGUUUGAAGAAUACUUCACGAAUAAGAUCAAGCAACUCAUCUUUUCUUGUCCAAAGGAUAUGGUCAACUCGAGUGGAGCACCGUUCUGGUCGCCUCCUAAGAGAUUUCCAACUAUGCUCGAAUUCAACGCUGACGAUGCCAUGCACAUGAACUUCAUCAUCGCAGCAUCGAAUCUGAAGGCCAGAUUGUACAACGUAUCUGACUACAAGGAAACGCGGGAUCCCUCCUUCUUCAAGCCGAUCCUUGCGUCUGUUGUCGUCCCAGAGUUCCAGCCCAAGGACGGAGUGAAGAUUGAAACGGGAGAACGUUCAGCCGAUGAUCGAGACUCAAACUCGAACACCGAUGCCCUUCAGCAGGUCAAGAACAAGCUGGCAAAGCUGCCAGAUCUCAAGUCUCAUCCCAAUCUGAAGGUGUCUCCAAUGGAAUUCGAAAAGGACGACGACACAAACUUCCACAUGGACUUCAUUUCUGCGUUUGCGAACCUUCGAGCAAGAAACUACAGUAUCGAAGAGGUCGACAAGCUACAAGCAAGAUUGAUAGCUGGUCGUAUCAUUCCUGCCUUGGCCACCACAACCUCAAUGGUGACUGGAUUUGUCUGUAUAGAGAUGAUCAAGUAUUUCCAAAACCCCGACAAGGCGGUCUUCAAAGACCUUCAGGCAAACCUUGCGCUCCCCAUGUUCAUGCAAAUAGAUCCAGAAUCAGCUCCCAAGACAGAAGACUUGAAGACUAUUCCGGCGGACGGUUUCACUGUCUGGGACAAGAUUGUGAUUGACAAGGGAGACUUGACUGUUCAAGAAUUUGUUGAUUUCUGGAAAAACGAGUAUGGAGUGACAUGCACAGCUAUCGGAGUUCAGAUUGGAGAUGCUGCCAUCGCAUUUUACAACCAGUUCAUGCAAGGAACGAAGAAGAAUUUGCCUUGCAAGUAA